AUGAAAUUCACCCUUUCCUGGCUCAAGGAACACCUUGAUACCGACGCCAGCCUGGAAGAGAUCGUGGAACGUCUCACGAUGAUCGGGCUGGAAGUCGAAGAAGUCACCAACCGUGCCGACCGGCUGAAGCCGUUCAAGAUCGCGAAGGUCCUUGAAGCCGAACAGCAUCCGAAUGCCGAUCGGCUGCGCGUGCUCAAGGUCGAUACCGGGCAAGGCGAACCGGUCCAGAUCGUCUGUGGCGCGCCGAACGCGCGCGCCGGUCUGGUCGGUGUGCUCGGCAAACCGGGCGAUCACAUACCCGGUCUCGACAUUACCUUGUCUGUCGGCAAGAUCCGCGACGUGGAAAGUUUCGGCAUGAUGUGCUCGGAGCGCGAACUGGAGCUUUCCGACGAGCAUGACGGCAUCAUCGAUCUGCCCGAAGAUGCACCUGUUGGCGUCAACUUCGCCAAAUGGGCGGGGCUCGACGAACCCGUGAUCGAGAUCGGCCUGACGCCAAACCGACCGGAUUGUACCGGUGUGUACGGCAUUGCCCGGGAUCUUGCGGCUGCCGGCCUCGGCAAGCUGAAGGAACGCUCGCAUGAGCAGAUCCGCGGCAACUAUCCCUGCCCGGUCAGCGUCUCUCUCGACUUCGGCGACACCAGGCCGAUGUGCAAGGCGUUCGGCCUGCGAAUGGUCAAGGGCAUCAAGAACGGUCCGUCGCCGAAGUGGCUGCAGGACCGCCUGACCGCAAUCGGGCUCCGACCGAUCAACAUCCUUGUCGACAUCACCAAUUACCUCACGUUCGACCAGGGCCGUCCGCUCCACGUCUUCGACGCGGACAAGGUGCACGGCAAUCUGGUGGUCCGCCGUGGCAGGGCCGGCGAGGGCAUCGACGGCCUGAACGGCAAAUCCUAUGAGCUUGACGACACUGUCUGUGUGAUCGCCGAUGACAACGGCAUUGAAAGCCUCGGCGGCAUCCUGGGCGGCGAACCGUCCGGGUGCACCGAGGAUACUGUCAACGUGCUGAUCGAAUCCGCGCUCUGGGAGGAGGAUGACAUUGCCGCAACGGGCCGCAAGCUUGGCGUCAACACAGAUGCCCGCUACCGGUUCGAACGCGGUGUCGACCCGGAUUACAUGAUGCCGGGUCUCGAAUAUGCAACGCGACUGGUGCUUGAUCUUUGUGGUGGUGAACCGUCGGAAACAACGCAGGCCGGCCGCGUUCCCGACAGCAGCAAUAUCAUCGAUUUCCCCUAUUCGGAGAUCCGCCGGCUUUCCGGUGUCGAAGUUUCACAAGCAGAGGCCAACCUGACCCUGAAAUCUCUCGGAUUCUGGAUCUCGGGUUCCGGCGACACGGUCAAGGUCGCAGCUCCGAGCUGGCGCCCGGACAUCGAGGGCAAGGCCGACCUGGUGGAAGAAGUCGUGCGCAUCCUCGGGCUUGAUCGCGUGCCGCUUACUCCUCUUCCGCGAACGGGGACCGUCGGCCAGAAGGUCCUCACAACCGGACAGAUCCGUCGCAACAGGACCAGGCGUGCACUUGCCACACGCGGAUUCAACGAAGCCGUCACCUGGUCCUUCAUCUCCAAACCGCAGGCGGAACUCUUCGGUGGCGGAAGCGCCGCACUGGAGCUUGCAAAUCCGAUUUCGCCUGAGAUGUCGGACAUGCGCCCGAGCCUGCUGCCGGGCCUGCUUUCCGCCGCCCAGCGCAAUGCUGACCGUGGCUUUGGUGAUGUUGCGCUGUUUGAAGUCGGCCAGGUAUUUCAGGACGAUACACCCGAGGGCCAGAAGAUGGUCGCCGCGGGCGUUCGUCGCGGCACAGCGAAAUUGCAGGGUGCCAGCCGUCACUGGUCCGGGUCUUCCACAGGCGUCGAUGUCUACGACGCCAAGGCGGAUGCGGAGGCCGCACUUGCCGCGAUCGGUGCCCCGGUUGAAAAACUGCAGGUCCAUACGGAUGCUCCAGGUACCUUUCAUCCCGGUCGUUCCGGCUGUCUGAAGCUCGGUCCGAAAAACGCACUUGCCGUCUUCGGUGAAAUCCAUCCAAAGACGCUUGCUGACCUCGACCUGGAAGGGCCGCUGGUCGCGUUCGAGAUCUAUCUGGAUGCGCUGCCGCAGCCCAAGACCAAGGGUGGACGGUCAAAAGGCGCGCUGAAUGCCAGCCACCUGAUGCCGGUCCGCCGCGAUUUUGCUUUCCUGGUCGGCAAGGACGUCAAGGCCGAGGUCCUGCUAAAGGCGGCUCGCGGCGCGGAGAAGACCCUGAUUGCCGACGUGACGCUGUUCGACAUCUACGUGGGCCAGGGCGUGCCGGACGAUCAGAAAUCGGUCGCAAUCGAUGUUCUCCUGCAACCGCGUCAAAAGACGCUGACGGAUGAAGAAAUCGAAGCUGUUGCCAAGAAGAUCAUCGCCAAUGUCGAAAAGGCAACCGGCGGAACACUCAGAGGAUAA